AUGCAUAUACCACCUGGUUUAUCCCUCCAACUACCCCAACAUGCGCCUAACCAAGAGCAUGAGCUAAAGGCAAUGUUGAAACAAUUGCUCCAAGGCCAAGCUGAUGGAGUUGUGGAAACAAGCAAGAAAUUGGCUGAUAUCAAUUCCAAGAUAGAGUCCUUGAACACUAGAGUCUACAGUUUAGAAAACCAUGCUUCUUCUUCUGCUGCUGCAAAACAAGGACAACUACCUGGAAAAGCUGUUCAGAAUCCUAAGGAGCAUUGCAAAGUGAACUUCACUCAAGAAGGAGGACUUGAUGAACAAGCUGAUAAUGAGAGAGCCAUUGAGGAGUUCUGUAUGCUGCUUACUAAUGAAGACAAUGUUGUUUCUGAGGCUCCUGGAGUCCAGAAUGUUCAACCUGAAAUGCAGGCUACUCAAAUAGCCAUUCACACUUCACCAGUUGAGCUCGCACAACAAGCUCGAUCGUUGAUCCAUCCUCAGACCGCCUACUCAGUCAAGGCCACAAGGAAGUUAUUCACAAGUUCAGAAGAGGAUGAAGGGAAAUUCACUCUCCCUUACACACUUGGCCAUCUUGAGCUUGACAACGCCUUAGUCGAUUCUGGUGCAAGUAUAAACCUCAUCUCUCUCACAAUGGCAGAGAAGCUUGGCAUUGCUGGAGCAUUGCAGUGCCUUACUACUGCAAUCAUGUUUGGAGAUGCAACUUCUAAAUCUCCUCUUGGUGUGUUCAAAAACAAAUCAUUUGAAAAUAGGAGAGUGCAUAAUCCAAACUGA